ACCGCGGGCUGGUGGCGGGCUGCGCGGUGCUCCGCGGGUCCGUACCUGGCUCCUCCGGACCGCCUUGCACGCUCUGCGCCCCGCACCCCGGCUGCGCGCCCCGAGCCUGGCGAGAGUGGACGCCGCCCGACCCGCAGGCUCCCAAGGGAGGGGUGGCUCCUGCAACAUGGUCUCUCACCUCUUGCUGCUCUGUCUCUUCCCCUUGGUGCGAGCCACCGAGCCCCACGAGGGCCGGGCCGACGAGCAGAGCCUGGAGGCGGCCCUGGUCGUGCCCAAUGCCUCGCACUUCUUCUCCUGGAACAACUACACCUUCUCCGACUGGCAGAACUUUGUGGGCAGGAGGCGCUACGGCGCCGAGUCCCAGAACCCCACGGUGAAAGCCCUGCUCAUCGUGGCUUACUCCUUCAUCAUUGUCUUCUCACUCUUUGGCAACGUCCUGGUCUGUCAUGUCAUCUUUAAGAACCAGCGAAUGCACUCGGCCACCAGCCUCUUCAUCGUCAACCUGGCAGUUGCCGACAUAAUGAUCACGCUGCUCAACACCCCCUUCACUUUGGUUCGCUUUGUGAACAGCACAUGGAUAUUUGGGAAGGGCAUGUGCCAUGUCAGCCGCUUUGCCCAGUACUGCUCCCUGCACGUCUCAGCACUGACGCUGACAGCCAUUGCGGUGGACCGCCAUCAGGUCAUUAUGCACCCCUUGAAACCCCGGAUCUCAAUCACAAAGGGUGUCAUCUACAUCGCUGUCAUCUGGACCAUGGCUACAUUCUUUUCACUCCCACAUGCUAUCUGCCAGAAAUUAUUUACCUUCAAAUACAGUGAGGACAUUGUGCGCUCCCUCUGCCUGCCAGACUUCCCUGAGCCAGCUGACCUCUUCUGGAAGUACCUGGAUUUGGCCACCUUCAUCCUGCUCUACAUCCUGCCCCUCCUCAUCAUCUCUGUGGCCUACGCUCGUGUGGCCAAGAAACUGUGGCUGUGUAACAUGAUUGGCGAUGUAACCACGGAUCAGUACCUUGCCCUGCGGCGCAAAAAGAAGAAGACCAUCAAAAUGUUGAUGCUGGUGGUGGUCCUCUUUGCCCUCUGCUGGUUCCCCCUCAACUGCUACGUCCUCCUCCUGUCCAGCAAAGUCAUCCGCACCAACAAUGCCCUCUACUUUGCCUUCCACUGGUUUGCCAUGAGCAGCACGUGCUAUAACCCCUUCAUAUACUGCUGGCUGAACGAGAAUUUCAGGAUUGAGCUAAAGGCAUUACUGAGCAUGUGUCAAAGACCUCCCAAGCCUCAGGAGGACAGGCCACCCUCCCCAGUUCCUUCCUUCAGGGUGGCCUGGACAGAGAAGAAUGAUGGCCAGAGGGCUCCCCUCGCCAAUAACCUCCUGCCCACCUCCCAACUCCAGUCUGGUAAGACAGAUCUGUCAUCUGUGGAACCCAUUGUGACAAUGAGUUAGAGGAGGUUGGGAAGAGGGAGUAGGAGGGGUCUGUCUCCACCUGAGGCAGGGAAAGAGAACCUAUUCUCACAUAUGAUCUUCAGAGUGCUGGAAACACUCCUGCAGAAGCUGUAGGACUCUUGAAUUGCUAGAAAACUGUCCAGCCUCCUAGCCCCAUGUGAUGUGAAAACUAAAAGGCACCACCAACUAGACAUGUGUUCAUAAAUUCCCAUCUAAGAAACACUGGGAGGCACAGCAGUCUGGAUCUCUGAGGAAGAGGAGCGAGGACAACUUUGGCCCAGAUGGGGGCUGAAGCAUUCAACUGCCUCCAUCUGUGGGGCAGCUGCUGCCUUACAGCCCUUCCUACUGCUACGCAUCCCGAAGGAGACCUGCAUCAUACUUUGGGUGUGGUGACCCAGAUGCACAGAGCUCUGCUUGAAACAGGUACACAGGCCAGGGAAAUGCCGGCAA